CAGGCAGCCAGCUGUAUGUGAAUUGAAAAAUAAGUCGAAAAAGUGUAGCUGUCCUUGAUGUGUCAUCUAUCUAGAUAAUUUCUGCGAAACGUGGAGCUAAAUCGUUACGGCUAUUACCGAAACAGCACAUUUUGUUACAACAAUCGAAAUAAUUAAAUUAAGGAGUAUAAAGAAGUUCGUAUACAUAUAAUAAAAGGCCUGCUCCGGUGGCAGCUAGUGUUAAGCGGAUAGUGCGUCGCAGUACGUUGUCCGAGCCAGAGUCAGUGAGUGACGGUGAUAAGUGCUCGUGGUGAUGUGUUUGUGAUACGGCUAGAGGUGGUGGAUGCGGAGGCAGCGGUAUAACGCUCGCCCGGGCAUGGUGCCGGAUAGGUAGCGGGCGCGGGUGGCCUGCGCAGGCCUCACACAAGCAGCCGCGUGUGUCUUUCAGCGUCGUCUAUGGCCGAGCAACACAUCACACCGUCGUCGCACUCUGCACUCACGAGAGAGUCCAGCAGGUCUUCUCCUAGCAGGGUGGUGGGCGGUCGGUGGUUGCGUCAAGUGCGUAAAGCAAGUCGCAGUCGUCGAAGCCGACGCAACGUCACUCCAUCCUCGCCGCGCACCAGCCGACAUUCUACCGGCCGGACCUUCGACGCCGAGCCACAGGUGCAAGUCGAGCUUCGGAGGAGUUCACGACUCGUUAAUACGCUACCGCGAUCAGAUUAUUCUCUUUCUGAACGUUGGUCUUACGGAACCGACGUCUACGAGACACGCUACGACACCACAGAUUACAAGCACGGUGAUACGUCCAAAUCGCCCAUCGAUUGCCCGAAGCGUGGACGGACAUCGUCGCAUGACAGGAAAAAACAGAAAAGCCAUACCACGUCGAUUAACAAUACAACAGACGAGUGUGUCGCCUAUUGCACACGCUCACGUACUGCUCUUAAGUCGAGUGAGAGUGUUUGUGAGCAGGUUCCCAACAGUGUAAAAUCACACUCAUUCGUGCGUAACGUUUCGAAUCCAAGUCCCGUUGAGACUUGCACUCAGCAACAGUCGCUGAACCAGGCAGAGGGAGGCUUGCUUCCUCUGGACGAAAGGGACUACGCAUAUUCACCCUUCAGCUCCUCUACUAUCACCGAGCUACUAGAUUCCGACUACUCCGUAUAUAGUCCUACAGUGACCCGUAGAAAAGGAAAAAAGAGGAAACGUUCGACGCAUCGUUCGUUGUCACACAGGAAAAGCAAUAUCUUCAUUGACAUAGAGGAGUGCAGAAAGAAGUUAAAAAUAGACAAGCACAAGGAGGUCGAGGAGCGCAGCAAAAGCGAAGUAACUGAAAGUCGGACUUCGGACGACGAACCUGAUAGACUAGAAGUAACUUCUUCGGCACAGGCAUCCUGCACUUAUCGGUUACGUAAUCGACAUAACCGUGACCUUGGGCCCCCUACUUCAACUGUUAUUAGCGACAACACAGCGAAUCCGUCCACAAGCGACGUGGUUCGCACGCAGACAGCAGCGGAACGUAAGAGUUUCACAGAAUAUAGAGGAAGGACUGCUACUCCGCCGCCAUUCAGGGAUUUACAAGAAGCUAGUUCCUCGAAAGACCACAGCUCUGACAGCAAACUACUAAUAGUUCCUCGUGAUCUGCCAUACUUACGUCAAACUAACGCAAGAAGGAGUAUCGCUGCUGCAACGGGUGCGACCCUGGGUGCUUGCUUGACGAGGGGGGCCAGUAAUUCGCAGCGUCAGAGACAGGAUACUGUUUCCAAAAGACAGUCGGGCGCGGGCGAGGAGGCGGGCAGCAGCGCGGGCGGCGCGCGGCGGGCGCGGGCGCGCGACAUGCCGCAGCCGCACACGCCCUCCACGCGGCGAGACAAGCGAGGUAAAAGCAGCCUGGGUUCGUGUGCUAGUACCGGUGCCGCGUCCAGCCGAUCUCAUCCUCACCUUUUAACCACGGGUGCCGUUGCAUCCACCUCGUCUUCACCGCCGGUGCCAGCUUCCGUCGCUUCGAUGCCUGACAACGCGUCCAGUGAUGGAAAGCCUAAGGGCAAAGCCUCGUCAUCGGCGGAGGAGUGCUCGGCGGGAGGCGCGGGGGGGCCGGGCGGCGCGGCGGGCGGCAGCGCGGGCGCCGAGGAGUCGUCGUCGGAGGAGGGCGAGGUGGGCCGGCUGCAGGCGCUGCUGGAGGCGCGCGGCCUGCCGCCGCACCUGCUGGGCGCGCUCGGCCCGCGCAUGCAGCACCUGCUGCACCGGACCGUCAGCGCCAACUCGGCCGCAUCAAAAGCCGCACAGCUACUGGCAGGGCUGCAGGCCACAGGGGAUGAGGGCCAGCAACUACAGGCUGUAAUAGAAAUGUGCCAGUUGCUGGUGAUGGGCAACGAAGAUACAUUAGCGGGCUUUCCCGUUCGCCAAGUCGUGCCCGCUCUUGUCAAUUUAUUAGCUGCUGAACACAACUUUGAUAUGAUGAACCAUGCUUGUCGAGCUCUCACAUACAUGCUGGAGGCCCUGCCGCGCAGUAGUGGUGCUGUUGCACUGGCAGUUCCUGCAUUCCUCGACAAGCUACAGGCCAUCACAUGCAUGGACGUUGCUGAACAGAGUCUAACAGCACUCGAUAUGCUGUCUCGAAGGCACUCCAAGGCUAUUCUUCAAGCGAGAGGUGUAUCUGCCUGCCUGACUUAUUUAGACUUCUUCUCGAUCAACGCUCAGCGUGCAGCACUUUCGAUUACAGCCAACUGCUGUCAGAACCUCACUCCAGAUGAGUUCCACCUUGUCAGGGACUCUUUACAAUUACUGGCUAACAGACUUACUAUUCAAGACAAGAAAUCCGUGGAAUGUGUUUGCCUGGCCUUCUCGCGUCUAGUAGAUAGCUUCCAGCAUGAUCCUGCGAGGCUGCAAGAGAUUGCCACUCCUGAGUUACUUACUAAUUUGCAGCAACUUUUGGUGGUCCAGCCGCCUCUGAUCUCGGGCGGCACGUUCAUCACGGUGCUGCGCCUGCUGUGGCUGAUGUGCGGCGCCUGCCCGCAGCUGGCGCUGGCGCUGCACCAGCGCUCCAUCGCCGACACGCUGCUGUGCCUGCUCACCGGCUCCACGCUGCACCAGGAGCAAGUGGAAUUGUUACCACGUCUUCCGCAAGAAUUAUACGAAAUCACGUGUCUGAUCGGCGAGCUGAUGCCGCGGCUGCCGACAGAUGGCAUAUUCGCCGUGGAUGUGCACCUCGACAGACCCUGGUCGGCGCCCACCGACCGCUCCGCUCAGUGGCAGUGGAGGGAUGACAGGGGCGUAUGGAGGUCGUACUCAUGGGCAGAAUGUCGUGCGCUAGAGGCGGGAGUGGCGAGGGGCGACGAGGAGGUGUGCCUGAGCUUGCUGGGCCGCUCGUACACCGUGGACCUGACGGCCAUGCAGCAGCACAACGACCACACGGGCACCGCGCGCGCCGUGCAGCGCCUCGCGCCCGCGCCCGCCGCCGACUGCGCGCCCGGCGCCGCCGCGCCCGCGCCCGAUCCACGUAUCGCUAUGGUGCGUAGUAACCCGUCCCUGGUGCGUGCUCUCCUGGGCGUGCUUCACGAGGUGUACUGGAGCUCGGCCGGACCGGCACUACGCGCGCAAGCGUUGAAGGCUAUUCUACGCGCUGUAUACUAUGCUGACGCGGCGUUGUUGAGACAAGUGCUUAAGACACAGGUUAUUUCUUCUCACAUCGCGGGUAUGAUGGCUUCGAGUGACUUACGAAUCGUGGUCGGGUCACUGCAACUCGCAGAAAUAUUAAUGCAGCGCUUGCCUGAAGAGAUGGGGGUCCAGUUCCGCCGCGAGGGCGUGCUCCACCAGGUGGCGCAGCUGGCCGAGCGCGCCCCCGGCGCCCCCGCUACUACUAGACAGGCUAAAGUUAAAUGUCCAAGUGGAAUGAGUAUGCGUUCAAGUGGGAGUUCUUCACCUCCUGCAUCCACAUCGGCAUCGUCUUUAGAUCAUCACAACUUAUCACUGGCGUUCUCUGCUUCUGGGUCAUUCAUUGCCAGUUCUUUGCUAGCUGCAAGUGAAAGUGGAGCUUCUGAAGCUGGACCAGCCACCUCAGCGUCAACACAUCAACAAUCAACUACAGUCCACAGAUCGGGGAGCCCCCUCCAACUGGCGGAGAUGCUGAAACGCAAGCGCGCAGUGAAGCGGUCGGGCGGCGCGCGGCAGCAGCGCGGUCGCAGGGACGACGCGCCGCCGCACGCGCACGCGCAGGCCGCGCCCGCGCCCGCAGCCGCGCCCGCCGCCUCCGCCGCGCACUCAUCAUCCGUGGUGUCCGGGCGGUCUGGCGCGCGCGCAGGCGCGUCCAAAACGUCAUCUUUCCUGUCGUCGCUGAACCCGUCACGUUGGGGCCGCGCUCCGCACGCACACAAGGAAUCCGCGCUCCUGACCGCUCCCCACGCCUCCAACCUCACCGUGCAGAACAAGGAGAAGGUGCGCGAGUGGGUGUCGUGGCGCGCGGCCCGGCUGCAGCGCGAGUGGGGCGCGCUGGGCGGCGGCGCGGGCGCGCUGGAGCAGCUGGCGGCGCUGGCGGCGGCGCUGCCGUCGCGCGCGCCCGCGCAGCAGCGCGCCGCGCUGCAGCACCUGCGCGACACGCUGCUCGACCACGACGUGUCGCCCUUCGAGGUGAAUCAUUCCGGCGUGCUCGGUGCGCUACUCCAGUUUUUGACGGGUACCGGUCCGGAGCCAGAAGCGGGUAGUAGUGGCACCACUGGAACUGACGCCGAACGUGAAGCAGACGAGUGUCGCGACUCGCCCGAACAGAUAGCACAGUGUGAAGAGCGCCUUAGACUUUUCUUACAUGUCUUCGCCGAUAUGCCGCUUUCACCCGAUGACAAGGAGUGGAGCGAGAAAGUGGCGCUGGGCGUGCCCGCGGGCGGGGGCGGCGCGCUGGCGGCGCUGGUGGGCAAGGUGAACGCGUGCGUGUCGCACCUGGAGCAGUUCCCCGUGCGCGUGCACGACCUGCCCGCGCGCCCCGCCACCUCCGCGCUCAAGUUCUUCAACACGCACCAGCUCAUGUGUGAUCUCAAACGUCAUCCAACUUGCACCAAUUUAAAACAAUGGAAAGGAGGUGUAGUUCGGAUAGACCCCCUAGCUUUAGUGCAAGCCAUCGAACGGUACCUGGCGCAGCGCGGGUACGCGCGGCGGGCGGGCGCGCAGUCGGACGACGAGCCCGCCUCCGACGACGACGUCGACGACGCGCUGGCCACGCCGCCGCACCACCCUACCGAUUCAGACCACAAAUUAGAAUUCCUGAUUGGAGACACAGUGUUGCCGUACAAUAUGACAGUAUAUCAGGCAGUGCGACAAUUCGGAGAACAGACUGACGCUGAUACCGAUACAGAAACUCCUUUAGCUAAUGCGGGUAUUUGGGUUCUAACACACACGAUCUACUACCGCGCUGUCGAAGCGGGCGAGCCUCCCCGCACUGAUGCCUCGUCUUCGCGUAAGGGCAAAGGUCAGCCCACAAAGUUGUCCUCGAGACGAAAACCAGACCUGUUAUGGAAUGAGGGCGUGGUGCCGACGCGCACGAGCCCGCUGGUGGCGGCGCUCCGCGCGGCGCUGUGGGGCGAGGGCGGCGCCGACGUGCGCGACGCGGCGCUGCCGGCGCUGAGCCUGCUGCGCGCGCUGCACGCGCUGUCGCGCCACUGGCACACGCUCUACCGCGCCGCCUGCCUGCCCGACCACCGCCCGCUCGUGCCCAACGUCGACUUCAUCAACGCCAAGCUUGCUGCCAAAGCUAAUAGACAACUUCAGGAUCCAUUGGUUAUUAUGACCGGAAAUCUUCCUCCUUGGUUGAAAAAGGUUGCAUAUGCUUGUCCGUUCGUGUUCCCGUUCGAGUGCCGGCACCUGCUGUUCUACGUGGUGUCGUUCGACCGCGACCGCGCGCUGCAGCGGCUGCUGGAGGCGGGCGGCGAGCGCGCGGCGGCGGGCGCCGACGAGCGCGUGGCGCCGCGCCUGGACCGCCGCAAGCGCACCGUGCAGCGCCACGCCGUGCUGCGCCAGGCCGAGCACGUCAUGCACGAGUUCGCGCACUCCAAGGCUUUACUUGAAAUUCAGUAUGAAAAUGAAGUAGGCACCGGUCUCGGACCGACUCUCGAGUUCUACGCACUGGUGUCGCAAGAGCUACAGCGAGCGGACCUCGAUCUCUGGCACGGAAGUGAAAAUUUCAAACAGAAACCUACAUCCUUUGGUGGGGAGAUUGUCAAAAGUCAGCCGCCGGUUGUCUCGGAUCGUUCCUCCGAUGCGGCUACAAGACUAGCAUCUUCGGUACGAGAUGCUCUAAAUAUCGACGAGGAGCGGUCCCCCGAACCUUCAGAUUUAGAGAAGGAGACGUUGAUACCGUCUCCGGCGCCCGACGCCACCUAUGUGAACUGGCCCUGCGGUCUGUUCCCGCAAGCGAUUGGCCGUAACGCUCGCGCUUCGCAUCUGUCCAGGGUUAAAGCAAAAUUCCGAUUCCUCGGAAAGUUUAUGGCCAAAGCUGUCAUGGAUUCCCGAAUGGUGGACAUCCCGCUGUCGGUGAGCAUGUACCGCUGGGUGGUGAGCGAGCAGGCGUGGCUGGGGCUGAGCGACGUGCGGCACGUGGCGCCCGAGCUGUGGCGCUCGCUGUGCCGCCUGCGCCGCGUGGCCGACCGCGCGCAGGCGCUCGCCGCCGACCCGCGCCACGCGCCCGAGCAGCGCGCGCAGAUGAUUAAUGCCCUCGAACUCGACGGAUGCCCUAUCGAGGAGUUAGGUCUUGACUUUAUUUUACCCGGAGAUGGUUGCACGGAAUUACGACGCGGUGGGCGCGACCUGCCCGUCACCGCGCAUAAUUUACACGAGUAUAUCGCUCUCGUUACUCACUGGUUACUCUACGAAGGAGUUACUAAGCAGAUGGAAGCGUUUAAGGAAGGAUUCGAAUCAGUAUUCCCAUUAAAUAAUUUGAAGAUAUUUUAUCCUGAAGAGCUAGAGCAAGUGUUCUGCGGAAGUCCAUCGGGUGGGCGUGACCAAAGAUGGGAUCCCCGCAUGCUCGCCGAAUGUAUUCGUCCCGAUCACGGCUAUAACGCGGAGUCACGAGCAAUACGCAUGCUCAUAGACAUUCUAGCUUCGUAUAACCGCGAGGAACAACGACUUUUCCUGCAAUUUGUUACUGGAAGUCCUCGUCUACCUACUGGAGGUUUUAAGGCUCUCAACCCACCACUGACAGUUGUUCGCAAGUCGCUCGAGUCCUCACUUGACCCCGACGAGUACUUGCCCUCAGUGAUGACUUGUGUCAACUAUCUCAAGCUGCCGGACUAUAGCAGCGCUGAGGUCAUGCGCGCCAAGCUACGUCUCGCUGCCUCUGAAGGGCAGCAUUCGUUCCAUCUUUCGUGAAUCAUUCGUUUUCACCUCUUGCGCUCGACCCUCAACUACUUUUGUAUACAUGUGUGAAUGCGGUUAGUGAUAUAAUUAACGAUUUCGUUGUAAUAGCGGUGCGCAAGCUCCAGACGACUGUCCUUUACGUGCAAUCAGAGUGUAUUAUUUUCGUAUGUGACAGACACUAAAAGUGCUGUGUUCUACAAAUUUGUUUUCUUUUUGAUUUUUUUUAAGAUUACAGAGAUAUGUUAAUAAUUAUAUUAUGUGUUAAUUUAAUGUGAUAGCUUUGUAUAUUUCUUUAUUUAGAUAAAAACUCAAUAUGGUAGUUUAGGGUGUAUGAAAUGUACUCCUCUCCUCUUACAUAAAAAAUGACAUUACUAUCCUGUCCAUUGUAUCAGAGGAUUUAGUUCAUCACCACUAAUAUUAUAUCAAUAUAUUUUACUACAUAAGUUACAUUAAGAAGGACCAUAAGUCUCCUUCAAGCCCAUAUGCGUUAAUAUAGCAUUUAAUACCAAACAAUGUAUGUUUUGAUUAAAAUUUAAGAUAAUAAAUGUGUAAAGAGAAAGUGCAAAAUUUAAUAUGUAACAAAUUCAAUAAAACCAUGUAAACAAUAUUGAUCCAAUAAUUUAGUUUCCUUUUGAAUUAUACUUUGAGUGAAAUGUUAUUUAUAUUGGUACGCUUGAUAUUAAAAGUAAUAUUGCAUCCAUCCAAUAUUCACAUUCAACCUGGCAAAAAAGGUAAAUUUUGGUUGUAAAUGUAUAAACUGAUCUUUUUCAAACAUACUUUAAUUAAUAAACAUUUUGUCUAACAAUAA